ACAACCCAGUUCAUCUCCAUUUUCUCUCUCUAGGUCAUAGAGAUUUCAGCUUGCUUCCCAUCAUCCCAGUCCCUCCCAUUACUCCAUAUAAACUUGUUCAUUUAUUCUACUCUCUAGCUAGCCUUUUUCCCCACAAAUCAAAUAUAAUCUUCGUUUCCUUUACUUUUGGGUUCCCAUGGCGUCGGCUUUGACUGUUCUCAGGCGGCUCUACCUUUCCAUCUAUAAUUGGCUCGUCUUCAUCGGCUGGUUUCAGGUUCUGUUUUUAGCGUUAAAGGCUUUGAAAGAAUCAGGUCAUGAACAUGUCUAUAAUGCUGUCGAAAAGCCUCUCCUUCUAGCUCAAUCCGCUGCCGUUAUGGAGAUUCUUCAUGGCUUAAUAGGUCUGGUUAGGUCACCGGUGUCAUCAACUCUGCCGCAGAUAGGAUCAAGAUUGUAUUUAACUUGGGGAAUUUUAUGGAGUUUUCCUGAGAUUCGAACUCACAUUCUUGUUACUUCUUUGGUCAUCAGUUGGGCCAUUACAGAGAUUAUUCGCUAUUCAUUCUUUGGCAUGAAGGAGGCCUUUGGUUUUGCACCUUCAUGGCAUUUGUGGCUUAGGUAUAGCACAUUCUUGGUUUUGUAUCCAACUGGCAUCAGCAGUGAAGUUGGUCUGAUCUACUUUGCCUUGCCAUAUAUCAAGGCUUCUGAGAAGUAUUGCUUUAGAAUGCCAAACAAGUGGAAUUUCUCCUUUGAUUACUUCUAUGCUGCAAUUCUUGCCCUUGGAAUCUAUGUCCCAGGUAGUCCUCACUUGUACCAUUAUAUGCUCGGGCAGAGGAAGAGAGCACUUUCCAAAUCAAAAAAGGAGUGAACUGUUUUCGAGGUUUGCGGCAUUGUGGUUGUUAUCUCCGAACUUUGGUGCAUGUAUGAUUUCAUUCUUUUUAGUAUUGCUUUUUGGCUAAAAUGUUCAAGGGUUAGCAUCUUUUUGGCUGAAUAUGAUGGUGUAGGUGCAGCUGCUGAAUUUACCAAAAUUUGUUGGUGAGUUUGGUGGCGUGCUGCGUGAAUCCAGAAAUCUCCAAGUUUUGUUGUGGUUGUUCUUAUUACUUAAUUAGAGUAUCAUAAAUUAUCAUUUGUUUCUUUCCA